UGUAACGUUAAACUGCCUGUGCGUGUUGUAUUUAGGAUAGAUAAUAGAUCAAUGGGGGACAAAAUGAACGAAUAAUCACCCCUGCGUCGUCCAUCAAGCGUCUUUACUUUUUUUUUAUUCUUACGUGUGGGUGCUGGAAGUGCGUGUUCCUUUAAGGGUGGUGUCAAAGCAGCGAGCGGGGAGGAGUGCGAUUGUCGCCGCUCUGUGCUGCACGGAGAGGGGACACCGCGAAUAAACAAUUUACACAGACUCGCCACACGCAGCACACCUCCGUUCGGACUGUUGUGGCACGAAAAAAAGAGUCACUGAGGCAUUUCUGGACUAUGUUUUGAUUUCGAAACCCCGACUCGCCAUUUUUUGGUCUCGUGGCCGGAGUGACAAGACAGAUGUAUGCCGUUUUCAAUGGAUUUGCUGCCCGUGCCGAAUAUUAAUGCGCCUCUUCGACUGACUGUGGGCUGGACACCGCAGGUCCCCCACGUGAGAUGUGCAAAGAUUUACCACUGACAACCAGGGCCAUGGAAUGCGAAGACAUCUUUUCAGCAAUAUUCCUCUCACUGCUCAUGUUCUUCAUCGAAACAUAGAAGAAGACAUUCUGACAACCUACGGUGUUAAAGGCCCACAGUAUUGCCUGGAUUUUCUUGAAACAUGCGCUGCUGAACCAUACAAGGGGAUCCUAGAAUUGAACAUGACUCAUGGGGAGGAGCCUGGCCCUGAGACACACAAGGAUUCAGCUGUUUUAACUUAUCUGGAAGGUUUACUGAUGCAUCCAGUGGUGACCGGGCCUGGGGCCACAGCAAGCAGGAGGUCUGAGGCUGCCCACAGCAACCAAGAUCAGGGAGACAAGGUGGGCGGUCCAUUUCAGCUACCUACUCAUGGCCCCACAGUUCCAAAGGCUGGAAACAGUGGACCGACCAUGGGUGCUUCACAGCACUUGAAGAAGGCCCGCCUCUUGCGCUCCGGGGCCUGGAAUGAUCCAGGGAACCAGUGUUUGAGUUCGCCACCAGUCCAUCUUAAUGGACAAGCGGGAGGCCUGCAAAAUGGGUCACAGGAGGAUUCUCCUCAUGGCGGGGAGAGUACUCUUUUGGCUUCCCUGCUUCAGUCCUUCAGCUCACGACUUCAGAAUGUGGCAAUGUCUCAGCACUCAAGCAAGCCGCCGAGUGAGUGUUCCUCUCCUUCCACUGCGCCACCUGCAGAUAAAGAGCCACUGCCUGUGUAUGGGACAGCCUCAAGCCGCUUGAAGGGCUUAAUGAGAAAGAGCAAACUUCAAAACCACAGUAACACCCCUUACAGUCGUCGGGGACACAGUCAUGACAGACCACCAGAAUCACCCCGGGCAGCACACAGCGCCACACCCCCUUCGGCCACUACGGCUUCUGAAUCAGUAUCAUGUGCAGACCGAUUGAAAGCUGUCGCCAACAUGGUGAAAAUACGUUCCAGUCCAGCACCUUCACCCAAGCCCAGUGUUGCAUGUAGUCAGUUAGCCCUACUGUUGUCCAGUGAAGCUCAUCUCCAGCAAUACUCCAGAGAGCAUGCUCUCAAAGCCCAGCUCUCGGGAAGGUCUGCCAGUGAAAGACUUGCCGCCAUGGCAAACCAGCAACAUGGCCUUGAGAAAAGGCCUCAGAGUGUGGGCAGGACUUUGCCAGAGACUCCAGACACAUUAAGUUGUUUAACAACCCAAAAUGGAGUGACAACGACAAACACGCGAACAGCAACACUCCCUCGGCUGGCCUUGUCCAGUCCACAGAGCCCCCCUUUGCUGUGUGGGCACACCCAUAGUUCCUCACCCACUCCUCCGCAUACUCCGAGCCACUUUCACAGCCAAUCCUCUCGGGAAAAGCGAGGCUUUGACUCACGACCAACUCGCCCCCCUCAAACAUGCAGCAGUUUGCUGUUGCUGCUGCUCAACAACCACAACAACCAGAAGAAACUGACAAAAAACGGACACCUGGAGGAUAGCUGUAGUGUUCUACCACCAAGCGCCUCAUCUUCAGUCACAUCGGAUAGUGAAUGUUCCACCCAUGAGAAAAGCCUGACCAAGGACAGCAGUGAUGCAGAGACUUCCUACUCGAGCUGCUCGCCAAUGGAUCUUUCGAUGAGAAACUGGGCCAAAAAACAAGAUACGGGGCCAAAACCUUCCACCCCGUGUUCCUCUUCUGCCCCAUUCUCCCCCUUUACACACAUUGUAUCCAAUUUCACCACGACUGUUUCCUCCAGUGCAACAAUAUUAACUUGUCAUUCUUCUGCUCCACCCACUAAUGCAGUCUAUUCACCGCUGCCCGCUGUUGUCUCUUCUGCCUCCACAUCUAUUUCUUCAUAUUCCUCCUCCUCUGCCUCAACCUCCUCCUUGGACAAACUCACAGAAUCUAUAUUAAAAAAGUGGAAGCCUGAGCCAUCAGGUUCAAACAUGGCGAAGAGCAGAGAGCAUGAAAGUAGCCCAGACCUAAAGUCCCAAUCUAAUGUAACACUAAUGCAACUUCUGCUCGAGCGCAGAAACAACAAUAUAGUAACUAAGCACACAGAUGAGGAUUUGCCACUUGAUAUAACUAUGGCUACCAUGUCUCAAAGUCAACCUAACCUUGUGUCCUGGGAUGAGCCCAGGACGAAAAGCCCAAUCGAUAAGCCUGGAGCCCCAAAUCAGCCUACGUGCUCCCUUAGUAGAAACCCAUGCGCUACAUUGUCCCCACACCCUCCCUCUCCCCAGGUCCAGUCAAGCCCAUUGGAUUUGUGCAAGUCGAAAGCCUUCCCUGCUGGGAAGGAUUCAGAGCCCGCCUUCAGUGCCAGUAAACUGUUACAAAAUCUGGCUCAAUCUGGAAUAGCUUCAUCCUCCCCACCAAUCCUAUCUGGCAAAGGAUUGAGUCAGGAGCUUGAUAACAGCAGGCCCUUAUCCUUAUUGGAAAGACUCAAUGCUCCAAUCAACAGGAGUACCACCUCCACCCCGCUCUCUGACAUACCUGUGGGAGGUGGCACUGCUUUAAAUACAAAAGAAACAUUUCCUCCACCUUCACAGAUCGAGAAUCUUUUGGAGAGGCGCACAGUGUUGCAGCUUCUUCUAGGGGCAGGCUCAACUGCGGCUUCUGUCAGCCGCAAAGAAAGGCCUGAAGGGAGCGGCAGGAGGAGUGCAGAGUUGGAAGGGGGGAGUUAUGAGAGGAGCCCCAGUGUUUCAAACAUCUUUGAAUGCGCUGACGUGCCCGCUGAAGAUGUUAGAGUCAAAACGGAGGAAGGAGUGGGGCCAUCCGCCGCCAUUUCUGAAGACAUAAUCAACAGAAAUAGGUGGACCAACUUUGAAAAACAUUGCCCCCUGUCAGAUAUGGACUUAAAAACAGAACAUCGACCGGCUGAGGUUAUCGCAAAAUAUGGUCUGCUUAGUCAGCUGCUUAAACAUCAGACAGCGACAUACUAUACGAGUGCUGUUUCACAGACUGAGUCGCAAACCAGACAGGUGAAAGGGGAAAAGAGAGAGUAUCCCAGCCCCAGUCUGAAGAAGAGACGUUUGUGUUCUGAUCAAACUUUGGACAAUACCAAGUCGCCAAGAGCAUUUCAGAGGGGUGACACAAACAUUUUUACCACUCUGGGUGCUCAGGUGACGCCCGACAAGCAGAAGCAUCUGAAAGACGAGGAGUUUUUAGCCAGGACACCACCGAGAGAAACUUGUACCAGAGAGAGUCGUGGAUUUAAUGUGCUCAAACAGCUGCUGCUCUCUGACAACUGCCUGAAAGAGUUGCCUCAGCAGCACCGUGGCUCAUCCAGCCCUUCCAUCCUGCAGGCCAACGGCAAGGCUAACGGUAACAUCCUCAGUCAACCUGCCCCUCACCACAGCUUCCUGCACCUGCCCAGCUGGCACCCUCACGGUCCGCUCAACUCGGGGGUUUCGAGUCACGUCAGAACACUGCCCACCCCUCCUGCAAGCGAUAGCCUUAUUCGCAACACCCGCGGUCAUCAUCCGGCGCCAUGGCAAGGUACACACAAAAGAGACCCGCCGAAUCUUGUCAAACAGGAGCCAGAGAGCCCCGUUCAAUGGAAUAGUCAGGAGAGCGAUGCGGGCUGUGACUCAAACCCGGAAUCUCCUCGGCUGUCACGUUCCAACCCUAUCUUGUAUUACAUGUUGCAAAAGGGCAGCGUUCAACUAAGAAAGGAGGUAAAGAAUCAGGCUGAAGCGCCGCAGUCCGUUGUGAAAAUUAAAGAAGAGCCAAUCAGUGACAUGCAUGCCUAUGAACAAAGCUCCAGCCCACAAUCAGCAACCAACCACAAUGACAAGCACAGCCAGGACAACCAGAGGCUGACUCAGUCAUCUGAAUAGAAGUUGGAUUAUCAAAUAUAACAUGAGUCUUUUUGUGUGUGUGUGUGUGUUUUUUCUUUUCAACUGCUUGCCAAAUUAGUUGUGAGAGAGACACAAAUGUGAAGGGGAAAAAAACGCGCUCGUUCAAAUUCAUUCAUUCAUUUUCCGUACUGCUUGAUCCUCACGAGGGUUGCGGGGGGUGCUGGAGCCUAUCCCAGCUGUCUCCGGGCAGUAGGCGGGGGACACCCUGAAUCGGUUGCCAGCCAAUCGCAGGGCACACAGAAACAACUAUUCGCACUCACACUCACACCUAGGGACAAUUUAGAGUGUUCAAUCAGCCUGCCACGCAUGUUUUUGGAAUGUGGGAGGAAACCGGAGCACCCGGAGAAAACCCACGCAGGCCCGGGGAGAACAUGCAAACUCCACACAGGGAGGCCGGAGCUGGAAUCGAACCCGGUACCUCUGCACUGUGAAGCCGACGUGCUAAUCACUGGGCUACCGGGCCGCCCUCUCGUUCAAAUUGCACACUUCAAAUCGUUCAGUAUGACAAACAAGAUCUAUAUUUGGCUAAAUAUACAACUGAAGCAACCAAAAUUAAUAACUCACCACUGAUGCUCAGGCCCUUUCUAUUUUUAUUUUUUUCUAUUUUCUCCGCCCCCUUCCAUUACCUUGGAGUUCGCUACAAUUUUUAAGUUAUGCUUCGUAUUUUAUAGUAAAACAAAAUACUGAAUUCAUUUGAUUCUUUAACAUAUCGCCUUGCAAUGUCUUAAUUGUUUCCUUCCAUUUAAAUAAAAAAUGAUGGUUCCAAAAAAUGGUAGCACUCAGUUCAGUUGUAUUUAUUUUCUCCUCCCCAGCAGUUUGAGCUAAACCAAUAUUCACACUGUAGCUGAUCCAGCCUUGUUGAACGUUAACUCAAGGCUCAACGUGUAUUAUAAUUGACUGUGGGAUUUUGCCGACAGAAAUUUUUGUGCUUUUUUAAAUUUUUUUUAACUUUUUCGACAGUGCAAAUUCAGGGACGUGUGUUAGCGGAUUGUGUAAUUUUUAGUAAACUGGCACCACGGCGCAUGUGUGGGUUUUCUGCAAUAUCUGAAAAGCGAAGCUUGCCACUGCAUUUGAAACACGCACCAUUUCUAUUUGUGCACAAAGUUUGAAUAUGAAGCACAUUGGCUUUUCCUCCUAAUUUCUUCUCAAGGAGCACCCAGAGUUUGCACUAUUGAAGCCAAAUCCUCCUUGUCCUUUACAAAAUAGUUAAAUGGCAUGUGAUUUAAAAAAAAUGUCAGUAUUGUUACCUGUCGAGAAUUUGACAGUUUGUGAUUUCCCCCCUCCAUUUCUUGACUGUUGUGUGUUUCCGUGGUCAUCUCUUGAUUCAUAAAAAUGUCCAAAAGAAUUGCAUGAUAAUGAAGAGAAGACCACAGGUUGUUUUCAAAUGACCUAUCCCCUUGAUUCCUUUCAUUUGUCAUUUGACACGCCAGCUUUCUCCACGUUGUCGCGUGAUUUUUUUUUUUUUUUUUGUGGAAACAUUCAUACUGUUAUGUCUCUUCCGUUCUUGAUACGAUUUCACAACGGUUCAAUGUAUUUGUGUAAAUAGUACUUUCGGGAUGAAAGAUGACUAUUUUGUAAUGUUUAAGCAAAGAUAUUACCCUAGUUUUUAUUGCUCUGAUAUGUAAAUACGAAUUAUAUGCGUACCGGUGUACAUACAAAGGAAGAGGAUGUUAAGCCCUUUUUUUUCCCUUUUGAUUUUUUUUGGGGGGUGGGGGAUGGGGGGUGGGGGGCUGUAUGGAUUGUUCUUUGCAUGUGUCUAUGUGGUAAAUGAUAAUCUAUUCUGCGCUGUGUUGUGUAAUGUAUGACUCUCCUCACUGCUGCCUGUUGCAUGCAGACGCAUGGGAACUACCUGUGUAUCCCCAUUGGUGAUGGGGGGGAAAUGUUAAGUCUUAAAAAUAGGUUUCUUCUUAUUAUUUUUUUUAAUCACCGAGAGUUUCUUUGAGAAGAUGCGGUCUUUAAAUAACCACAGACUGUUCAACAAAGUCAAAGAAAAAAAAUAUGUGAAGAAUAUAAACGUGCAUUGAAUAUUUUUGUGGUUUUUCUUUUCUUUUUUUUCUGUUACUGGUUAACAAAGCUCUGUGGAAGGACUUUUGUGAAGAAUUGACGUACAAUCAUCGAUUUGCAUUGUGCAUCUCAGAAUUUGUAGCUGCAAAUACAAAAAAAAAGGUUGGUUCAUUUUUUUUCAUGUGAAGACCUGAAACCUUUUUUUUGUUUUCAUUUUUGGGUGUUCAUUUGCACUGAUAUCUCUGAAAAUAAAGUUCUAAAAUGCAUGACCUUA